GGCCGUCCGAGCGACAACACGCAUCUGUGCUCCGCGAGUGUUCAGCCACGCGCCACGCAUGUGCUCUAGUGAUCAUUUAGUGUUUUGAAGUGGAUACUCGGAACGGAACCGCUGGGCCGAUUGGCCCGGGCGGGAUGGAAUCUCCACAAAUGUACGACGCGGCCGGGGCUCCACCGCCCCCGCCCCAACCAGACCUGAAGAAGACCAACGAAGAUAAGCGCACCUCAUUCCCGCCUCCAGACUUAGACGAGCUCAAUGGACAGGAAAUUAGCUUGGACCUACAACACCUCAUUGAGGACCAGUUUAGGGGGGAGGAGACGAUGGCAUUGUUUCAAGAGAUCCUGCCUGGAGGAAGAUCGCCCCAGCAGAGGCCUUUUGCGCGGACCACGCUGGCGUAUAUGCCGCAGCCUGUUCAUUCAGGGGCGUCUUACGCGGCACCAGUUCAGGCCAACUCACAUGAACAAGCACCACCAAUUAAGGAAGAGCCACCUGAACCUCAUGAUUUCCGGAGAGCAGUCACUUGUGCUCAGUAUACAGGCCAGUACAAUGCUCAGCCUCCUGUGGGUGUCAGUGGGCCUUACGGCGGAGGGUUCACUACGUUACCGCCUCUUGGAGCUCCUCUGCUACCCCCUCUAUUAAAACACAAACCUGCACCCCCUCGCAGAUCUUCAUCAGGCAAAGCUAUUGACAAAGGAACAGACGAAUACAGAAGAAGAAGAGAAAGAAACAAUAUAGCUGUGAGGAAAUCGCGCGAAAAGGCUAAAGUUCGUUCUAGAGAAGUGGAGGAAAAAGUGAAAACGCUUUUGCGGGAAAAAGAGGCUUUACUGAAGAGGCUAGAAGCGGUGACUGGGGAGUUAAGUCUCCACAAGCAGAUGUAUGUGCAUCUAAUUAACUUGAAUCACCCGGAGAUCACAGAAUUGUGUCGGUCAAUGCUACAAUUGGGUGCCCCGCAUGGGCAGGAUCAUACACUUUGACCAUAGAUGGUUCACAAUCGAACGGCGAGUGGUAUCGUGCAUUAAAUAGACUAAAUAAAAACCUGUAAUUAGUUUAACUAGUUAGCGAAUUUUUUGUGAUUUUAACUUUAUUUUUUUACGAAGAUACUUCUUUUCACUUUCAACCCAACAACCUGAUCAAGUAACAAAUAUAAUGAAAUCUGCUAUAUAACUCUGUUCUCC